CUAUGGUGUAAGGUUUUUAAACAUAGAUGAGCAUGUAGCAAUAGGCACACAUCAGCAUCUAUAACUUUGAUUUUAUCAACGGAAUGCAAAUAUGUUAGGUUAUUAUUUACACACAGAGAUCCUAUAAAAUGCCAAGAAGAACCAGAAGUCUUUGCAGGAUUGGACUGUUUGGCAGGCAUAUCUCAUCUAAGAAAUGAAGGAAGAGACUUAGGGGGAAGUAAGUUGCUCCGUCUCUCAUUGGCUUGUGAUUGUCCCUUACUCAUCAUAUAAACCCAAGAUGCAGUCACUGAUGAGAGCAUAGAAGAUACUAGAGACUCCACAGAGACAUAGCACAAAAUCUUACCAUGCCAAACUACAAACUCAUUUAUUUUAAUAUGAGGGGGAGAGCGGAAAUUAUUCGUUACAUAUUUGCUUAUUUGGACAUAAAAUAUGAAGACCACAGGAUAGAACAAGCUGAUUGGCCUGAAGUCAAAUCAACUCUUCCAUUUGGUAAAAUCCCCAUUUUGGAAGUUGAUGGACUUAACCUUCACCAGAGCCUGGCAAUAGCAAGAUACUUGGCCAAAAACACAGAUUUGGCUGGAAAAACAGAAUUGGAACAAUGUCAAGUUGAUGCGAUUGUGGACACAUUGGACGAUUUCAUGUCACGUUUUCCUUGGGCAGAGAAAAAACAAGAUAUAAAAAAUCAGAUGUUUAAUGAGCUACUUACAUGUGAUGGACCUCAUCUGCUGCAAGAUUUGGACACAUACUUAGGGGAAAAGGAGUGGCUUACUGGUAACUCUGUAACUUGGGCAGAUUUCUACUGGGAAAUUUGCAGUACCACACUUUUGGUCUUUAAACCUGACUUGUUGGACAUCCAUCCCAGGCUGGUAACAUUACGGAAGAAAGUUCAAGCCAUUCCUGCUAUCGCUGACUGGAUACAACGAAGGCCCCAAACCAAACUCUAGGUAAUGUGUGCUGCCUCUAAGCUUUGUUAUUCACAGCAUCACUUCCAUCAGAUAAGAAGCUACGUCAGCCUGCCAUGGAAUCUACACACUCCCCUCCGCAGCUCCACCAACUCUUUCACUUUUGCCAUAUUCUGUUUUAAAAAAAAAAAAAAGAAAGAAAAAAGAGGGGGGAACGAGAUCACUUAGUUUCGAGCAUCCCUUUUGUUUUUUUUCCCUUUCCCUUAGAAUAAUUUCACAUCAUUUACAAUUGAGAAAAAAGUUUAUGAUACAGGCAGGGCUCACAUUUCAUGGGUUUCGACAUGCAUGGAUUUCAGUCACAAUGGUUAAGGAACAUACACGUUUCCCCCCAAAAUGGUUUGGACUUAAGCUGUAAUUGCAUAAAGUGUUAACUUUGCUGCUAGCUCUGUGGUCCACAAAUCACUAUGUAAAUAACAGAUGCACAGCAUGACCAGUGCCCAAUCCCAUCACUUCUUUCCAAGGCUGUUAAUGAGUGGCCACUGCACAGCUGUUACUCAUGCACAGGUAGCAGGGUGGGUAGCUGCCUUGCCGGCUGUUUCUCAGUGAUAAACCCACUCAGAAAUUUUUAAAAAGUGGUCAUUGAAAAAGGGAACUCAGCAACAAAGAUGAAAGUACAAUAAAGAAAUGAAAAGUGACCAUGCUGGAGCCAAAUUCAAAUUACACAUAAAUGGAAAGAGCGGACUAUGAGAACAUUUACACGGCUGCAAUUCAAGGGGCUCCAGAGAUGUAGCUGGAAGAACUUGGCACACCUACUGACAGAAAUGAGGAAAAUGGCCGUGACAAAGAUGAUGUUCCAGAGGAAGGGAGACUGCCAAAGAGCUUCACGUUAAAAGAACAGAGAUCAAAAGAAUGAGAAGACAAGCCACAGACCGGGAGAAAAUAUUUGCAAAAGACGUAUCUUUACAUGGUAUGUAAAUAAUGGAUACAUAAUAUGGAAUUCUUUACUUUCUGCUCAAUUUUGCUAUGAACCUAAAACUCCUCUUAAAAAUAAGUCUAUUAAAAAAGAAAAAAGCAGGGAUAUUUCAUGACACUGGAAAUGCAAUAAAAUGUUGAAAGGUGAUCCAAACUUAAAAUUAUGAUAAUUUGGGUAUAUAGGACUAUACCCAAAAUAGACAACCCUUAAAAUCCAACAAAAUGAACCCAAUUACAAAAUGGACCGAAGAUCUGGACAGACACCUCAUCGAAGAUAUACACAUGGCAAAUGAGCAUAUGAAAAGAUGCUCAACAUCAUAUGUCACCAGUGAAGUGCAAAUAAAAACGAGUUACCAUUAUGUACCUGUUAGAAUAGCAAAAUUUCAAAACACUGACACCACCAAAUGCUGGUAAGGAUGUGAAACAAAAUUAACUUUUAUUUACUGCUGAUAGGAAUGGGAGAUGAUAAAGACUUGGGAGAGAGUGUCGCAGUUUCUUACAAAACUAAACCCACUCUUACCAUAUGAUCCAGCCAUUAUGCUCUUUGGUACUUACCCAAAGGAGUUGAGAACUUAGAUCCACACAAAAACCUGCACAUGGAUGUUUGUGGCAACUUUACUGGUAAUUGCCAAAACUUGGAAGCAACCAAGAUGCCCUUCUACAGUGAGUGGUUAAGCAAACCAUAGUACAUCCAAACAAGGGAAUAUUAGCACUAAAAAGAAAUGAGCUAUCAAGCCAUGAAAAGACAGGGAGGAAACUCUAGUGCAGAUUACUAAGUGAAAGAAGCCAAUCUGAAAAGGCUAUAAACUGUAUGAUUUCAGCUAUAGAACAUUCUGGAAAAGGCAAAACUAUGGAGACAGUAAGAAGACCAGUGGUUGUGAGAGGCGAAGGGGGAGGGAGGGUUGAACAGGUUGAGUAUAGAGAAUUUUUAGGCAGUAAAACUAUUCUGUAUACUAUAAUGGAUUUGUUAAACCCACAGAAUGUACAAGACAAAGAGCAAACCCUAAUGCAAACUAUAGACUGGGUGAUUAUGAUGUGUCAAUGCAGAUUCACUGAUUGUAACAAAUGUACCACUCUGGAAUGGGGGUGUUGAUAGUGGGGGAGGGUGUACUUGUGUGGUGGCAGGGGUAUAUGGGAAUUCUUUACUUUCUGCUCAAUUUUGCUGUGAACCUAAAACUCCUCUUAAAAAUAAAGUCUCUUAAAAAUAAAGUCUAUUAAAAAAGAAAAAAGCAGGGAUAUUUCAUGACACUGGAAAUGCAAUAAAAUGUGGGAAGGUGAUCCAAACUUAAAAUUAUGAUAAUUUGCCAAGGUAUAAAAAGAAUGGCUCACUUGCAAUUAUAUAUGAAGGUAUUAUUAAAACUAUUCUUAAUACAUUUUUUACCAAAGUAAUACACUUUUCCAGUUUUUUACUACUAAAAUUAGUUUUACUACUUUAUUUACAUACACAUUUAUAACCAACGUUUUUAAUGUGUUGAGAAAAAAAUUUAGAAGUCAUAGAACAUUUUCUUCAUUGACUAAGAUUAUUUUGCACAAUUUCAACCUGCAGUCAUUUUUAUGGUCCCACACUACUGUGGAAAGCAAGAACUGCCCAUAUAAACAAAUGAUUUAAAUAGAAAUCUUCCAAGUAACUAUAGGUUAUCCCUCAACACAUUUUAAACCAUAACUAUAGCACUGGAAUAUAUUUUAGUUCAAUUUGCAUGUUAAUAUUAAUAUUGGAUUGUCUAUUCUUAGCAUGUCAUGUUAUAUACAGAAAGAGACUAAUCAAACAGAUGGCAUAUACUUGAAAUGCAGGACAGAGGAAAGAGAACAUGGCUGAGAAGCCAGAAAUGGGGAGAGGAUGUAAGGGAAGAAAGAAAAAGAAAAGGAAAGCUGGGCUAAGUAUGAUUUUGUUUAAGGUGCUUCUUUCAUCCCAACAGUGUUCUACAAAAUAGGAGAAAAGAUGUUAAAUACUUGAUACAUCAUUAAGGAUUAUACAUAAAAACAAAGUAUAUUUCCCAAAUGACUUGCUUCUUUGGAUCACAAUUUCUUAUCGCUAGUCGCUGUUAAUAAAUGAUAACAGGUUAUAUAAGUGAAUCUCAUUGCAAAGUAUUGUAUCAU